ACAGGUGUCUUCAGAGAGACAGAAACGGUGUGUACUGAAUCAACUAUCUACAGCAUCUUGAUCCACGGAGCCACCAUGAAGUCCCAGUUGUUCUCUCUGCUGCUGCUGCUGGGUGUGCUGUGUGUAAGGGAGGUUCGAUUGGAGGACGCUGCGACUGUGAGAGCUGUGCGGCUCUGUGGACGGGAGUUCCUGAGGGCCGUGGUGUACACCUGUGGAGGGUCAAGGUGGAGAAGGCUUCCAGUAGAGGACAUAAAUGGAAGGGUGGACCAGAAUGGUCUGAAACCAUGGGGGGCUGAGCCUGUGAUGGACCAGAGACGACGAGACUUGAACGAAGCCCUGACCACCGUGUGCUGUCAACUGGGCUGUCGGAAGAGUGACCUUACAAUCAUGUGCUAGGGGCCAAUGCGCAGGCAUUGGCGACAAGGCGUUAAUGUUUGUUGGAAAAUAGUCCUUAUUCAAUAUAGUUGUUUGGCUACAAUGGAUGUCAGCUAAAGAUAUCAUUACUUCCAAUUACUUUAAUUUACUUUUAUCAUGACUUCCAAUUACUUUAAUUUACUUUUAUCAUUACUUCCAAUUACUUUAAUUUACUUUUAUCAUUACUUCCAAUUACUUUAAUUUACUUUUAUCAUUACUUCCAAUGAAAUUCCCCCAUUGAUCUUAUCAGCAAUAAAAACUAGACUUGUAACCAUU